AUGAUCUCUGAAAGCGGCACCCGGCGUGUGGGCAGGCUCAGCCUACUUGCCACAGCCAUGGGGUGCAUUCAGCUUUGCUGCUUUGCGCAGAUCGGGCUACGUGCGCAGCAGACAUCCCUACAGGAGAAGAAGGUGUCAGAUCUUAAAGAGCUCCUGCGCAGCAAAGGCCUAAAAGUCAGCGGGCGCAAGAAAGAACUGGUCGAGAGACUCCUGGCCAGUGCUGAGGAGCCUGUGGCCAAGAAGCCGAAGAAACCUUCAGGGGCCCGCUCUGACAAUGCUGCUGUAGAGGUUUCAUUUGAGGAGACGGACUUGAACACUUGGAUAGCUCUACGGUCUGCGCUUGCGUUAGCCUUUCAAGACCCUGAGCAAGGUGAUCCCAAGCUUUUCCAGGAGGCUAAAGACAAGUUGGCCUCCUACACAGCCGACUUUCCUGAAAUCUUCGGAUCUUUGAGGGAUCAGCAAAGAGACAGUGUCCUACAAGGCUUGUUGCGCAGGGGGCGGUGUCUCAUUGCAGACGAGAUGGGUUUGGGCAAGACAUUCACGUCCCUGGUCUUGGCGCAGAUCUAUGCAGAGGAAUGGCCACUUCUUAUUGUGGCACCAACCUCCGUGCUGGACAACUGGGUCAAGGAGGUGACGAAGUGGCUGCCGCACAUUGCUUCAGAGGUUGAGAUACUGGAUAGCCGCUUCUUGAAAGAGAAGUAUUUGAUGGAGAAAUGGGAACGAAAACUGAUUUUUGUUGCCUCGUACGAUCAGAUCCGCCUUAAACCUGCGCUUGCACGACAAUCUGAUGGUGCCCCAUAUAAGGUUGUCAUUUUGGAUGAGGCACACAAAAUGAAAGACCCUCACAGCCAGCGCUCCCAGGCACUGCUGCCAGUUUGCCGGGCAGCAAAUCGCUGCAUACUUCUCACUGGCACGCCUGUGCUUGACGUAAACAUCCCGCCGUUUGAUCAGUUCUGUCGGCGCUACUCGGACUUCAAUUAUGUUCAGGAGCAAGACGGCAGCGUCACGAAAAAGCUGAUUGGAGCAAGAAAUAUCGAAGAGCUGCAUGGCAUUUUUGCCAGCUAUAUGGUUCGAAAGAAGAAGGAGGAAGUGCUCCCAGAUCUAGCCAAGAUCAGAAAGCGCAAGGAGAACCUGCGUGACAAGAUCGACACCAAGUACGUGAAGAAUAUCAUGGUUGAAAGACUGCUGAUGAAGGAGACAGAUGCAAAGCUGGUGGUAUUUGGUCAUCACUACGUGCUUUUUGAUCAGAUGGAAAAGAUGUUAAAAAGAUUGCAAAAGAAGUACAUCCGCCUCGAUGGGAGGGUUGCCAAACCUUUGCGUCAGGGAUUGAUCGACAAGUUCCAAGAGGAUGAAGAGGUGGAGGUAGCAAUUGUUGCGAUGAAAGCUUGUGGUCAAGGUAUUUCUUUAACGGCUGCUCGAACUGUUGUUUUCGCCGAGCUUUUGUGGACUCCAGCGAUCUUGGAACAAGCUGAAGCACGAGUUCAUCGACAUGGGCUCAAGCAUGAUGUGGACAUCAUCUACUGCGUUUUGGAAGGCAAACCCUUCAUGGAUGAUGCAGUAAUCAGGAAGAUCAAGGACAAGGAGAUUCUUGCCGACCGCAUCACAGAUGGUCAAGAACUUGAGUCCAGCCGUUUUGAAUGUGUACAAAGUGCCUCCGUUGAAUGGGAGUAA